UUCGAGGCACGCCUGCUCCAUCAAAAAACUUCCCGACAGGGGAACUCAGAUCAUCCGACAGACAACAGUGCUCAACCCAGAGGCACCCGAGGUGACAACGACCGGCCUGAAACGAUUACCUUCAUCAUGGCGAAAACACUAGAGAAGACCCGCAAGCAGAUUGCGAAGAAGAGGAACGGGAAUAUCGAUGCGCUUCACGGGAAGAGCCGAGAUUCAAAACGGCUUCACCGCGCCCAAGUGCGCGAUGACCGACUCGAGAAAAUCGCCGAGACACGACGUAAAAGAGACAAGCCGCUCCUUGCCCGUGCCGCUUUUUUCCAAGAAGCUGUCCAGGAAAAUGGAAACAAAGCUCUCGAGCUCGAGGCCGUUCAGGCGAAAAUUAACGAAUUUGUGCACCAAUAUGAUGAGGAGUACGAAGAGGUCAAGAAGACCCGGCGCGCAGGACGGCCAGCAAGCGCGAGAGAAGAUCUGCUGAAAAUGAAGAUCUCGGCCCUCGAGAGAGAGCACCGCGACGGGUUCUAUCUGCCUGACCUUACUGUGGAAGCAAAUGUUCAGCUGCUCAGCAGAUUCGAAGGAUCCUGGUCGUACCUCACCAGUGUUGCCUGGGUCAAGCUGUCAGCCGCAGGAAACGUCAAGCCCUCCAGCUUCCCUCCCCAGGGUCUCUAAGAUGACCAAACCGUCAACCCGGAGGGAGCCAUGCGGGGCCAUGUGCUCGCCACGCGAACGACGCAGGGGUACUUUCGAUGCCAGCCGGGCUUGCG